AUGAAGUUGAUUUGCUGUCCCUUUUUCAUGUUGCUCCUCGCAUCAGUAUUGGGCUGCCCAGACGGACGUAUAGGUGUCUGUUUUUCGCCCAAUGACUACAGAAACAGCGCUCUACAACUGGUCCCAGUGCAGUUUGCAGGACAUGAUAAUACCUGUGAAGUUCAAACCCGAGGAGACAAUGUUCGUUGGCGCACACGAUGCUGCUUAAAAACUAUGUUAGACACUUACAAACCUCCAUAUACGACCGAAAACGAAUUCAGAAUCGCGAGGAAAAGUCUCGAGAGUGGAGGAAAGCUUGACGCCCCUCCCGACCGCAAGAAGAACCCCAAUGUAGACUGUUAUUAA